CACGCACAACUAAGAAACCAGAAGAUGUUCUCUGACCUGUCGUCCAGCCUCGUUUCCAUCAUAUUCCUGAUUCUGACACCAAUAUACAAAGUUCUCCAGGGCCUUAUUUGGAGUAUUACUGGGGUACAGUCUGCACGUGCAGCUACCAGCACGUGCUAUGAACGUGCGGUCCACGUACAACAUGUGGUUUGGAAAAGAAAAACGUCUCACGUAACGGCUUCAAAUACAAAUGAAUUUUGGACUACACACGAAAGGUUUGACCAUCCUCGAAUCCUCUUGGACCCAUCAGUAUCUCUGUAUAAUAUCACUUCCACAGAGGCGAUAUUUAUUAGGACAGCCAUUGAUGUAGAUAUCUACAGCUCAGACUCACAUCCUUUCAUGAAGUGGGCCCAGGCUGUCAAUGCUGAGAAGGUAUACACCAUUCCUGUGGAAGCCUUCCAUCGGCUGGCGGACGAGACGGGAGACCCUCAGGUCCCUGUCAUAUGGCUCUCUAACACUGGACGCUGUGGCUCUACUCUUCUCAGCCAGGUGUUUGAGAAGGUCCCCGGAACAAUAGCCAUCGGAGAACCAGAGGCCGUAACAUCUGUCACAAUGUUAAGUAAACUUGAAACCUGCCCGGAAGAGGAAGUUCUCAAGCUUCUGCAGAGUGUCAUCAGGCUGCAGUGUAAGACGCUGCCAGGAGCUCAAAGAAUUAUUCUAAAGGUCGCUGCCUUCACUUUUGCAGAGGUCAAGGUCAUAUGUGAGAUGUUUCCUGAAAUCAAGCACCUGUUUCUAUACAGAGACAGUUUGCCAUAUGCAGUGUCUUCCAAGGCACUUGCAAUGUCUGAAUUAAGAAUUAAAAUCUUCAAAGGAUUUGCCGAUUCUGAUUUUCUCGCGAAGAUCUUUCCUGGAACCCGAAGGCAUAUGUACAAGAUGAUUUCACGCAUAGAUCGUUAUGAUCGUGACCUUGACGACAUUGCUGCAGACAUGACCUUCAUAGGACACUGGAUGAUACUGUGUGCGGGUGUCAUGACGAGAUACAAGGAGUUCAGAGAGAGUGGGAUCCCGAUAUUUGCCGUUCAGUACGAAGAGCUUGUGAAGGAAAAAGAAGGAAUGGUUAGAGCCUUGUUCCAGAAACUAGACAUACCAGAGAAACAUGUUUCGAAAGCUCUGGCUGCAUUUGAAGUAGACUCACAACGAGGCUCGUCGAUCAGCCGGAAGUCAACAGGAACACGUUUCCCCCUGACACCGCGAGAGUUGUCCGACGGUAAUAUCGUUCUCCAACGAUAUGGCUUCCCGAGAUUUGGCAAGAAAAUAGACCUACCUGGGCGUCUACAACCUGCUGUCUAUUAAACUUAAAACAAAACUUAUUUCCUGCACCAAUAGCGCCC